AUGGUGCUCCAGGGGUCUUGGCCUCCAACAGCCAGUGCUACAGGUACAGCGGACAAGCUGGUAAAACGACGUGUGGCGCAACUUUCUAUUCGCUGCUUGGAUUUGCAGCGUUGUUUCACACCACUUUCUUUGUUUCGCCACCCCGGUCGCCGACCGUUCCCCUCGCGUGUGGCCGUGUGGCGGUGUGGCGGCGGUCCGAGGAAGAGGCGGUUUUGCUAUUGCAAAGAUGCGAGCGGAGGCAGCUCGGGGGAUCCCCACAUCCAAUCGCUGCGCGGUGCUCACUAUAGCCUCUUGAAGGAAGGCGCCUUCCUGGCGUGGAGCUUUUCCAAAGCGCCCGUCGAGUGGCAGCUCUAUGCCCACUACGCAGGUUCAACAUUUACGACCCAAGGGCUCUUGCUGUUGGACAAGAGUCUUGGACGUCGCAUGGAAAUGACCGCGGAGGAUUGUCAAUGGCGCAGCCAGGAAGGCGGGAAGUGGCAUGCGGUCAAGUCUGGCGCACAGGAGCUCUCUUGGAAGGUGCAAACAACUAACCUGACCAGUCCGGACCUUGUGGUGAUGGGAUCCGAAAUCAAUCUCAGCAUGGAAGUUCCCCAAGGCCAGCACAAGGUUGCGCGUCUCCUGUCCCACUGCACCCCCGGUGAUCAUUUGGACUUCAAGCUCACCAUGUUCAAGAAGGAAGACAUUGACUACGUGAAUGGUGAACUUGGAGUUGACCCACAAGUCUGGAACACGUCCUCCCUCUUCUACUCCAAAAGUAGCCAGAUGCAGAUGCGAAGCGAUCUCGAGUUUGAGGCAUCCGCAUCUUGGUCCAGCUUGGGUGGCAGUGCGGCUGCAGCGGAAUAUUUGAAGAAGAAACAGCAGGAGCAGGCUGAGGCUUCCCUGGUGCUACGCAAAGACUGCACUGAAUCUGAGAUUCGGGCAGCCACAAAGACUUGCGCCAAGUACUUGAAGAACAUCCUCAACCAGGACGUCUUUGCCGACUGCGUCUUCGAUGUUUGCCAUGGUGGAGGUGAGGCGGAGGCAAAGCGUGCCGCUUUGCUUUUUUCAGGUUAG